UUCUUGAGUUCUUAGAGAGUUCUUGAGUUCUUAGAGAGUUCUUGAGUUCUUAGAGAGUUCUUGAGUUCUAAGAGAGUUCUUGAGUUCUAAGAGUUCUUGAGUUCUUAGAGAGUUCUUGAGUUCUUGAGUUCUUCUUUACUAGUAGUUGGGUGUUGGGUUACUCUUGUGCUCCUCUUGAAGUUUUCGACUGGUUGCUCUUCAACUCAGGGCCCACAGAGCUUGGAUUGAGAAGACGUUUCAGAAAAGAGAGUGUAUUCAAAUAUUUCCCAGCAAAGAACCAAACAGGUGCAGUUGUGGUCAGGUAGUGAACCAGCAUGUGGCCAUCAUCCCGGGGGCGACCACUAGGGCGGCGGAAGAGGCAGGUCAGAUCGGUCAGGGGGCGGUGCCCAUGGAACGCUGGUCCGUGCUUAAACACACACGGGCCACGCCCACAGACACAUACGGCAUCAUGGAGUUUCAGGGAGGAGGACAUGUCAACAAGGCCAUGUACAUCCGCGUGGCGUAUGAUUCCAAGCCAGACAACAUGCUCCACCUGAUGGUGAAAGACUGGCAGCUGGAGCUCCCCACCCUGCUCAUCUCCGUCCACGGGGGACUGCAGAACUUUGACUUGCAGCCCAAACUAAAACAGGUGUUUGGAAAGGGUCUGAUCCAGGCUGCAGUCACCACCGGAGCCUGGAUACUCACUGGCGGAGUCAGCACUGGGGUGAUCCGGCAUGUUGGAGAUGCGUUGAAGGACCACUCCUCAAAGUCCAGGGGGAAGGUAUGUGCCAUCGGGAUCGCUCCAUGGGGCAUCGUGGAGAACAAGGAGGAUCUGAUAGGAAGAGACGUGACACGUCCGUACCAGGCCAUGUCCAACCCCAUGUCCAAGCUGUCUGUCCUCAACAACAGCCACUCCCACUUCAUCCUAGCAGAUAACGGGACCCAGGGAAAGUACGGCGCGGAGGUCCGUCUUCGCCGUCAGCUGGAGAAACACAUCUCCCUGCAGAAGAUCAACACACGUCUGGGUCAGGGGGUGCCUCUGGUCUGUCUGAUCCUGGAGGGGGGUCCCAACGUCAUCUCCAUAGUCCUGGAGAGCCUGAGGGAGGACCCCCCUGUCCCGGUGGUGGUCUGUGACGGCAGUGGACGGGCCUCUGACAUCAUCUCCUUCGCACACAGAUACUCUGAGGACGACGGCUUGGUCAGUGAUAGCGUGAAAGACCAGCUCCUGGUCACCAUCCAGAAGACGUUUAACUACAACCGCGGUCAGGCUCAGCAGAUCUUCCUCAUGGUGAUGGAAUGUAUGAAGAAACGAUCUCUGGUGAGUAGGGAAGACAUUAUUAUACAGGAUAUGUUUCCAUAAACUACAUUAGCAUAACACUUAGAAUUCCUCUCCAAUGCAUUGGACAGGAAUUCUAAGUGUUAUGCUAAUGAUGCUAACGAAUUCCUCUCCAAUGCAUUGGACAGGAAUUCUAAGUGUUACGCUAAUAAUGCUAACAAAUUCCUCUCCAAUGCAUUGGACAGGAAUUCUAAGUGUAUUGCUAAUAAUGCUAACGAAUUCCUCUCCAAUGCAUUGGACAGGAAUUCUAAGUGUUACGCUAAUAAUGCUAACGAAUUCCUCUCCAAUGCAUUGGAGAGGAAUUCUAAGUGUUAUGCUAAUGAUGCUAACAAAUUCCUCUCCAAUGCAUUGGACAGGAAUUCUAAGUGUUAUGCUAAUGAUGCUAAUGAAUUCCUCUCCAAUGCAUUGGACAGGAAUUCUAAGUGUUAUGCUAAUGAUGCUAACGAAUUCCUCUCCAAUGCAUUGGACAGGAAUUCUAAGUGUUAUGCUAAUGAUGCUAACGAAUUCCUCUCCAAUGCAUUGGACAGGAAUUCUAAGUGUUAUGCUAAUGAUGCUAACGAAUUCCUCUCCAAUGCAUUGGACAGGAAUUCUAAGUGUUAUGCUAAUGAUGCUAACGAAUUCCUCUCCAAUGCAUUGGACAGGAAUUCUAAGUUUUAUGCUAAUGAUGCUAACGAAUUCCUCUCCAAUGCAUUGGACAGGAAUUCUAAGUGUUAUGCUAAUGAUGCUAACAAAUUCCUCUCCAAUGCAUUGAGUGCGUCAUAAGUGACGGUUUUAGUAUCUAGACAAUUUGGUAGAUAAAAUGUUUGUUUUUUUUAAGCCUUACGUACAUUUUAGGAACACUUUUUUUUUUUUACCACAUACUGUAAGUAAAAACCUAAUGUAUUCAAAAUAUAUUCAAACAUUAAAGAUGAUAAUUUGUGAUGAAAGUAAAGCGACAUUUUAAUAAUUGAAUUGUUUUAUGUUAAUUUGAUGCUUCAAUAAAACCGUCCCAUUCA